GCCACCCUCGCCUCCUGCGCUGCCAUCGCCGCCCGCCAGCCCGCCCGCGCUUCCAGAGCCGCCGGCGCAGACACCAGCGCAGCCACCAGCGCAGCCGCCGACGCAGCCGCCGCUGCCGACGCAGCCGCCGCUGGCAGCGGCGCAGCUGCCGGCGCAGCCGCAGCCAGCGGCAGAGACGAUGAUCGCUCGUUUCUCGUGCAACGGCUGCGGCAAGAAGCUCAAGGCGCGCGUGCCUGCGGGCGUGCGCAAGAUCUCGACCGCGUGCGCAAACUGCAAGAAGCAGAUUGUGACGGUCCUCGCCCCCGUCGCGCCGCCCGCUGCCAUCCCUCUCGCUGCGGCAGCCGCGCCCGUCGGCAACGGCGCCGCGCCGGCUGCGCAUCCAGCAGGGCGCAGCAUGGGCAGGAGCAUGGGAGGAGGAGCGGCGGCGAUAGGUGCGGAGUGGCACGCGCAGCCGCGCGCGUGCUGCAGGUGCAGCGUCUCGGAGCGGCGGCUGGUCGUGCGCCAUCCGUUGCGCCAGAUUCGGCAGCUGAUUGAGGAGAUGACGGAGCGCGCCGGCCUCGAGAAGACUGAGGGAUGACGGGCGCGCGGUCGAUUGGCGCCGGGAUAUCCGGCGGUACUGAUAUGUAGUGUACGCGAGGCGAAUUCUUUAACUUUUGCGGGGUUGGCAACGUAAAUGUGUGUACGAGGGUUGUUCCGAUUAUUGUCCAGCAUGCAUCAUUUAGAAAAUUACGUAAUGUUCAC